AUGGUCGGCAUCGACGAGUGCUCGGUGGCGCUCGUGCCCGAGGUCGAGCAUGCGCUGGCGAACCCGGACCCCUCCUCUAUCUCCCCGGACGCAUGGGCGCCUUUCGAGGCCGCCGCGCUCGGUGUCAUGUGCCGGAUCCAGCCAACCGUCGCCUCGGAGGGGCGCCGUGCGGCCGUUGUCGACUACAUCCAACGCCUCGUCAAGUGUUCCGUCGGCUGCUCGGUCUUUCCAUUUGGAUCCGUUCCACUGAAAACAUAUCUUCCUGAUGGAGAUAUUGACUUGGCUGCUUUCGGUUAUACAUGUUCUGAUGAAAGCCUGGCAAAUGAGGUACGUGCCAUUCUGGAAUCAGAAGAGCGGCGCAAAGAUGCUGAAUUUGAAAUCAAAGAUGUCCAGUAUAUAAAUGCUGAGGUCAAGCUAGUCAAAUGCUUUGUCCAAAAUAUUGUUGUCGACAUCUCAUUUAAUCAGAUUGGUGGACUAUAUACGCUUUGUUUUCUAGAGCAGGUGGAUCAAAGAUUUGAAAAAACCCACCUUUUCAAGAGAAGUAUAGUGCUUAUAAAAGCCUGGUGUUAUUAUGAAAGCCGCAUCCUUGGAGCCCACCAUGGUCUAAUUUCUACCUAUGCCUUGGAGACAUUAGUGCUAUAUAUCUUCCAUCUCUUCCAUGAGUCUUUGGAUGGUCCAUUAGCUGUACUCUAUAGGUUUCUGGACUAUUAUAGCAAGUUUGACUGGGAUAAUAGGGCUAUAAGCUUACAUGGUCCUAUUUCCUUGUCUUCCCUACCUGAGCUAGUUACCGACUCACCAGGCAUUCAUGAUGAUUGUUUUCUUGAGCGGGAGAAGUUUCUAAGAGAAUGUGCUCAAAUGUUUACUGCCCCCCCUAGGAACAAUGAGAGAAAUACACGCCCGUUCCCUCGAAAAUUUCUCAACAUAGUGGAUCCAUUGAAGCAGAGUAACAAUCUUGGGCGCAGUGUCAGCAAAGGUAACUUUUACAGAAUACGCAGUGCUUUUGAUCUUGGUGCCCGGAAGCUCGGAAAGAUCCUUCAAGUUCCUGCCAAUUCUAUUGUGGAUGAAGUCAAUCAGUUCUUCAGGAGCACACUGAAGAGAAACCUCGGCAGGGCACGCCCAGAUGUGCAAGGCACUGCAGUGAACUUGAACAUUGAAAGAGACAACAAGGGUUAUCCACCUUUACACAGUAAUCCCUGUGAGGAUCUAUCUUAUCAGCUCAGUAGUAUCAACAUUUCAGAUAAUCAUGGGUCUCUGAAGCAGGAGGAACAUAGCUCUAGCGGUGAGCACCAGGAAAUGAAAUCUGCUUCACAUCUUGUAACUAGUUCUUUAGUUAGUGUGAGCAAUGGGAUGUCAACAAAGGUGUACAAAGAGGUGGAUGGUGAUCGGUGUGCCACCAUUGACAAUUUAUCAGAUCUCACAGGGGACUACAGAACAAAUUUUAACAAUCUCCUCUAUUCACAGAGUUGCCAUCAAGACUAUCCAGUUCAUCCAAUUUACUAUCCAAUGCUUGCCCCACCACCUGUACAAUAUCAGAACAAACACUCACUGAAUGGUCAUAACAGAAAAAAUGCUUAUGGAUAUCCCAGUGCAAACAGAAUGGCCCCUGGUCCUUAUUCACCUAGCUACUUCUUCUUAAAGCCGUUUUAUCGCACUGAGGAUCCUAUGCAACCUCAUGGAGCAGUCACCUACUUCCCCGACCCAAAUUUGUGCAUGGAGGCACCACCCACUGGACGAGGGGAAAGAAAGAAUUAUUUCCCUCGAAAUAAUUAUCAAAAGCAUCACCGUUAUGGUAGGGUGGACAUGCCUGCAGAUAUGACACGUUCUGAGGAAUUGAGGCAACAGCCACCAUUUCCGAUUUAUGUUCCUGUUGCAAAUGAUAAAGGAAUUCCCUCUCCGUUGAAGAUACCAACUCCAUCACCCCAUUCUACACAGGAUAAUAUUCAUGGAAGGGGCUUUAUUCAUCCACAUGACAGUAAACUUGAGUUUGGGACCUUGGGGGCAUUGCACAUGGAAGUUAGGAGUGCUUCCCGAAAUCAAGCUAACAGACCAUAUUCUGCUUCUGACACUAAACCUUCUUCAACCCUGAGAUCGAACUCUCCUGGACAAAAUCCUGGAACGGGUUAUAGAUCUAAUGUAAUGAGAAUACUAAGCCAUAUCAUCUCAAGGACAAUGGUGAUUUCCCACCACUAUCCAGUUGACGCCAUAUAUGGCUUACCACAUAGCAAAGCUGUUGUUUUUUCUGAUUCAACCGGAAGAUACUGA